CUUCCGGUCGGUAAAGAGGACGUGUCCCUGGCGCGCACGGGCCGGAAGCGGACCGCCAUGGAGGAGGCCGCGGCGCACAACGGCAGCGCCGCCGGGGCCGGGGCCGGGACGGGGGUCGGGGCCGGAUCCCCCGCGGCCGCCCGGCCGCCCGCUACCCCCGAGGGUAUGGCGUUGGCUUACGGCAGCCUCGUCCUCAUGGCGCUGCUGCCCAUCUUCUUCGGGGCGCUGCGCUCCGUCAGCUGCGCCAAGAGCAAGAACUCCUCGGAGAUGCCAGAGACCAUUACCAGCCGAGACGCUGCUCGUUUUCCCAUUGUUGCCAGUUGCACCCUUCUGGGGCUCUACCUCUUCUUUAAAAUAUUCUCUCAAGAGUACAUCAAUCUUCUGCUUUCCAUGUAUUUCUUCGUGCUGGGGAUCCUCGCCCUGUCCCACACCAUCAGCCCCAUGAUGAACAGAUUCUUCCCUGCAAAUUUCCCCAACAAACAGUACCAGCUCCUUUUCACCCAAGGCUCCGGGGAAAGCAAGGAGGAAAUAGUGAAUUACGAGUUUGACACCAAGGAUCUUGUGUGCCUGGCCCUGAGCAGUGUUGUGGGGGUCUGGUACCUGCUGAGAAAGCACUGGAUUGCCAACAAUCUCUUUGGGCUGGCUUUCUCUCUCAACGGGGUGGAGCUGCUGCACUUGAACAACGUCAGCACUGGCUGCAUCUUGCUUGGGGGCCUCUUCAUCUACGACGUCUUCUGGGUGUUUGGCACCAAUGUGAUGGUGACAGUUGCCAAAUCGUUUGAGGCCCCGAUAAAACUGGUUUUCCCUCAGGACCUGCUGGAGAAGGGGCUAGAGGCUGACAACUUUGCCAUGCUGGGUCUGGGAGACAUUGUCAUUCCAGGGAUCUUCAUUGCCUUGCUGCUGCGGUUUGACAUCAGCUUGAAGAAGAACACGCACACGUAUUUCUACACCAGCUUUGUGGCCUACAUCUUUGGGCUGGGCCUGACCAUAUUCAUCAUGCACAUCUUCAAGCACGCCCAGCCUGCUCUUCUGUACCUGGUCCCCGCAUGCAUCGGAUUCCCACUUCUUGUGGCCUUGGCAAAGGGAGAAGUAACUGAAAUGUUCAGCUAUGAAUCCUCUGCUGAAAUCUUGCCACACACACCAAGACUUACCCACUUCCCCACCGUGUCCGGCUCGCCGGCCAGCCUUGCUGAUUCCAUGCAGCAGAAACUGUCCUGUCCCCGCCGACGCCGGCAGCAAAGCCCUAGUGCCAUGUAGCAAUCGCACGCGGUGCCCUUUCUGUCUGUCGCUCUGGCCAGCUACGAGGAGAGCUCUACCCCCAAGGAGGUGCCGGGGGCAUCCAAAGAAGAGACGACAGAAGCCUCCAAGAAGGAGAAGUGACUUUGCCCAUGGGCCAUGCCCGGCACCGCCGGGCUGGGGCCCUUCCAGACCCUCCGCAAGUGACAGAUGACGAAACAAUUGUGCAAGAGCAUCGUGUUGUGUGUGUCGGAGCAGCCACCCAGGUGGGGUAUCGAUGUAUGCCGCAUAGCCACCCCCCUGCCGGCCCCCCAGGGCCGCACCGCCGCCCCCCCUGCCUGUUUAUCUCUUAUGGGGGUACAAGGCGGGUGGGGGGCGCAAACCACAGGCCGGUUUUUAAAUUUUGUAUUGUGCAUUUGCUUUCUCUCAUAUUAAACCAUGUCGAAGGAAA